AUGCCAACAAUUUCACUUUCUUGCCCUUCAUCUCCUCUAGUCCCAAUGGUCCAGGUCCCAGUUCGUUGUGAUCAUAUUCAUUUCCUCUGUGUAUCCAUCAAUGACCCAAACUCACAGUUCAAUCAUUUAUCAUCUUUGAUUUCAUCUUUUAUCAUUCCGAAAUCCUAUCAAUGUUUCCCUAUCACAGUGAUCCAGAAAAUUGUUAAUCAACUAUUGAUAUCAAAAGUUCAAGCUCAUUUGGCCUUGCAUCCAGUGUCCCCAUCGCAUGCCUCAUCCCUUCAGUCACAAAUCAUGUCUCUCGUCCACUCUUAUCUUCCUUUCCCAUUUUCCCCUUCCACUCAAGUGCUUUCUCUCCCCUCGAAUCACUAUGGCUUCGGUUUCACGUCCAUUCCACAUCUCAAUGCUUCUCUUGCUCUGGCUGGACUACUCCAUGAUUUGAACCACCAUCUUCUGAUUUUCAGACAUAUGUCUCUCAUAUCUUUGGCAGAUUGGGAGUGUUCUGUUCUGCCUUGUAUUUUCCCUUUUGAUUCAGUUGGCUUACGUUUGUCUUUUCUCCGUCAUCGGUGUUCUUUACCUUUUCUUUUUACUGUGGCUCAUGACUGUCUCCACCAACUUGACCUCCACAUCCGACACAUGGACCAGUCCGAUAUCUUGGAUGGUCGUGUAUCACUUUCCCACCUGGCUAAGAAGUCAUCACAGGCACCGCAUUCAUCGAUUGUUCGUUGCUAUUGA